AUGGACGCAGAUACGCCGCCGCCGGUCCCGGCGGCCGCCGUGCCAGACCUUGCCAGUGGCAAGCAUGGCGCGUCGCCACUGCCUGCGACGGAAAUCCUGCCGUCGACGGGUCUGGCGCCGGUGCCGGUGCCUGCGCCUGAAUCGAUCGAGGCGGCCGAGGCGGCUCCCCCGGCGCGCAAGCGCGCGCGAGGAUCGACGCGGCGUGUGCCGUCGCGCACACUAGCGCCGCGGGUGCCGGCGGCGCCGGCGGCGCCGGGCGCAGCGGCCGCCACGGACCUCCAAGCGAUGGGCGUCCCGGCGCUGCUGGACGACGAGGACCUCGACGCGCUGAACAACGACUUCUGUGAUGCGUGCAGUGGCCGCGGCCGCUUCCUGUGCUGUGACGGGUGUCCCCGCAGCUUUCACUUUGCGUGUGUGUGUCCCCCGCUGGACGUCAACGAGAUGCCGUUCCCGAACGGGACCCUUCUUCCCAGGCAGGAGGCGCCGCCGAAAGACGCGCGCGCGGCGCGGGCCCUUGCGGACGAUAGCUGGUUCUGCCAAGUCUGCUUUGCCGAGCGCCAGCCGCCGGCGAUGCCGCGCGGAUGCGGUCCCUUUGGCAUGCUGCUGCGCCAGCUCGCUACGGAGAACCCGCGGAUGUUUGCGCUGCCUGCCGACCUGCGGAACUACUUCAAGGGCGUCGGCACGGCUCCCGAUGGCGCCUACCUUGAUACCACGGUCCAGCGACCGCUCAAGCUCAAUCGGCAAGGAUUCAUGGAGGACCGCGAUCCGUUCCUGCUGCGCGACAAGCAGGGCGAGCCGAUCCUGUGUUUCUGCUGCGGGCAGAGUGCCUUGCCGCGCGAAGCCGUCACGGUGCGCGUCGGCGAGUCGAUCGAGAUGGCCGAGCGCCGCGCGAUCGCUGCGGCGCAUGCGGCAGGCAAGACACGCGCUUCCUGGGCUGACGCGCCCGGACGGCCCAUGCUCAGCUGCGACUUUUGCACGCUGCACUGGCACCUCGACUGUGUGCAGCCGGCGCUCUCGUCGAUGCCGCCAGCCACACGCCGGUGGCGCUGUCCCGCGCACAGCAGCCAGGGCCAACCUCGCAUGCGCAUUCCCCGUGCGCCGCAGGCUGUGCAGAGCGUGACGGUGCCGCCAGGCGCUCCGCUACCGCGCACCAAGGACGCACUCGUGGACGUCGUGCUGGACGCCCACGACCGCACCUUUGAUGCCGAGACGGGCGCCGGGCACAGUCGUGCGCAGCCCUGGGAGGACGUCACGGUAGACACGGGCACGAAGCGCUUGCGGUUCCGGAUCCCCGAGAAGACGAUCCGCCUCGCGUUCUGGGCAGCGGCGCGGGACCGACGGCGCACGGCGCCUCGUGCGCUGCCGCGUGCGCCCCGCACACCGCCACUGGAUAUCCUCGCACAAGUCGCGCUGGGAGCGAUACCGCCGCCGCCGGCCCCAGCACCGCUGCAGCCGGUGCCGACGCCGACGGGCGCCGCCCUUGCGGAGCAUGCUGCGGCCCUCGACGCGUCGUGGGCGCCUAAUGGCCAGCCAUUUGCGCCGGCGGAGCGCACGUCCUACGCACGCAGCGAGGCGGAGCCACUCGUUCCAACACCGACCGAUACGCUCGCUGCGCCGCGGCCGCCCGCCGAGGUCGAGAAUCUGUACGUGUAUCCCGCCGAGAUUGCCGAGCUACGCGCGCUCAAACGGUGGGUGCAGCAGCACGGUGGCUGGGAACGCAUGCGUGACUUGUAUCAGACUAGCUAG